UAAUUUAAUAAUAAUCAUUCAGUUUCCUUCAGUAGUGUAAUUUAAUGAAUUAAUAUAUAUUUUUAGGCAUUUGCAAUCAACUAUCAAGAGGGGGCUUACAGAUUCCACGAUGCAUACCAAUUCCGUGUGCACAUGUCGCUUCGAACAAAAAUGGACACUUUGACUGUAAUUAGGAAUAAACUAACAUUUAGUCAAAGAGCCAUUUUCCGCACAACAUGUUUUGGACAUUUAUUAGAUUUGGUGGAGCCACGGUUCAGUGCCGUUUUUAUUCAAGCAAUGUUGCUACGUAUGAUCAAUCGUGGGAACCCAGAUAGAGAAAUGUGGUUUAGAAUAAAUGGGGUUGAAUUCCGAUUCAGCCCUGUUGAGUUUGCACUCGUCACUGGUUUAAUUUUCGGGGAGGACAUGGACGUGUCCAGUUACGUUGAUUGCACGGAUACCCCUCGAUUAAGAGAGCAAUACUUCCCGAACAUUCACAGGUUGUUAUCUCAUGGGGAGAUCGAAGAAGCAUUCGACAAUGAAGUUUGGGGGGACAAUGAUGAUGAUGCAGUGAAGUUUGCAGUCUUGUAUUGCGCAUUUACUGGAUUAUUAGGGGCGGACAACAGAAACAAAGUACCUGAUCAUUUUUUGCAUUUAACAAAUAAUUUAGAUGCAUUUAGUCGAUAUCCAUGGGGAACACUGACAUGGAAUAAAACAUUCGACUCGAUACGGAAAGGUAUACAUAAGAAAUAUCAAUAUUGUGUUGACCAUUACCCGCCGUACACAAGUCCGCUCCCACUUCUCAGUUACAGUAUUUUGGGAUACCCGAUUGCUUUUCAAUAUUGGAUUUAUGAGACGAUUCAGAAUCUAUCGCCUUAUAUCCGUAUGGAAGCAAAUGAUCGAAUCCCUCGUAUCCUAAAAUGGAAAACAAUUGUACUACCUUCAUAG